AUGCCAGGCACGCCCAACCCCAUGGCCGCGGGCCUGGGCCCCACGCCCGCCGUCUCCAUGAAGACGAUCCAGAUGACGGGCCUCUGGGUCGACGUCUACGGCCUCGCGGAGCUCGCGCCGGACGCGACCAGCGUCGCCGUCCUGUGGCUGCACAACCCGCGCACCCGGUCCAAGGAGGAGAUGGCCGACAUCGCCGCCCGCGCCGUCGCCGCCCACAACGCGAGCGUCCAAAAGACGAAGAAGGCGGCGGCGCGGCGGGGCCUCGUCGCCGCCGCGUUUGACCAGCGCAACCACGGCUCGCGCAUGGUGCUGCAGGAGGCGAAUGGUGCGUGGCGCAAUGGCAAUGCGACGCAUGCGCAGGACAUGUUUGGUGUCAUCGCGGGCACGGCGGCCGACACGAGCCUGCUUAUCGACCUGUUUGGGUCGUACGUCUUCCCCGAGAGGGAGGCUGGGUUUGUGGACCGGCAUCUGGUUCUGGGUGUGUCGCUCGGAGGGCACAGUGGGUGGCAGCUCAUGUUUCGGGAUCCGAGGGUCGUGGCCGGUGUCAUGGUGAUCGGUUGUCCGGACUUUAUCAACCUGCUGAGCGACCGGGCACGUUUGACGAAGCUGUCUACCUUUGACGCAGCGACCAAAGGCGCCUCCUUCCUUGGGAGCAAGGACUUCCCCCAGGGGCUAAUGCAGUCGUGCUUCAAGCACGAUCCCCGUGGUAUGGUCUUCAGCAAGGGCGAGCCAGUCUGGCCGGCUUCGGAGGGGGAGCAAGAAAAGGUCAAGGCAGCACUGCGGUCCCGGGUGGCGGGCAAGAAGUUUCUCGUCACCUCUGGCGGCGCGGACAAGCUAGUCAACUAUGAGUGUUCUAGACCCUUCCUGGAUGUCUUCAAGAAGGCGGCGCAGACGUGGCCUGAUUUGGAGCUGUCCGUCGAGGACAAUGUCUACGCCGGGAUCGGGCAUGAGUUCAGCGCCGACAUGGUCAAGGACUCGGUUCGUUUCAUUGUGGACGCAGUCUCUGCGGAGGGCCGUACUAUCGCACAUGUUUCCAGCAAUGCUGACGAGAGGUCAUCAAAGAUUUGA